AUGCCCGGCGCCGCGGCGCCCAACCCACUGGACUUUGCCUACUCCGGCACCGCCGCCGCCGCUAACACCACACACCGCAUAGGCAUAGACUUUACCCGUUUCUCGUCGUCCAUCUACCAGAAGGCGGUGGAGUUGGAGCUGUCGGUGAUUCCCAUCGCCCACCCGAUCAACGACUUGACCCAUUCGUACAACGAGUUAGAGUGCAUUAGACUUAACGAUCUGUUCAACGCCACGAAACACAUCGAGAGUCAACUGUGCCGACCGACCACUGAAGCCAAGACUAUGCACGACAUACUCUACGCGUUGGACACCAAAUGCGUGGAAGAUGGUCGCAAUACAGUAAUGCUUAGACUAGAAAAUAUCCGCACAAAUUCAGAGUCAGUUUAUUCUCGACUUAAAGAGUAUCUAAAAGUAUUGAAGUAUGAAAUGGAUUCCGACCACAGAGUCCUUGAUUUGAUGACCGCUAUUGUUCUAUUUAAUCCCGAUCACGACGAUUUAGUUGACAAAGAGACUAUCAAAAUGGAGCAAAAAAUAUACAUGUAUUUAUUGAAACGGUAUUUACACCUGAAAUAUUCGACAACAUGCGAAGCGAACGGACGAUUUCUGAACCUAUUGAACACAUUUACCGACUUGUUUUAUUUGGAGAAUAGGGUGCGACAGAAUUUCCUUAGUUUCCGGGCCAAUCAGUUCCAUCCCGUUAUAAAUCCCGAUUUUAAUGACACUAAGAGACAUAAGAUUGACCAUAAAGUAAUCACUAUUGAUUCCGAGUCGGCGCCUGCCAUCGAGACACGGAAUUUAUUAUAA